AUGCCGUUCACAGCCCGGGAUAUCGGCCUCAUCAUUGUGGCGAUCUUCUUGCCACCUCUUGCUGUCUUCAUCCAAAAGGAUGCGUGCGACAAGGAUGUCCUUUUGAACCUGCUGCUCACGCUCCUGGGCUGGAUUCCAGGCGCGAUCCAUGCGCUCUACAUCAUUCUCAAAUACUGA